AUGGGUCUCUCGAUUACCGCCGAUCCACCAAGCUGUGUGACUGAAUCCCAUUACAACACCCACAAGGUCUUCUUGCUCUGCAACUACAUUCUCCUCGGUGCAGCCUCAAGCUGCAUCUUCCUCACUCUCUCUCUCCGCCUAGUACCUUCAGUGUGUGGAAUCUUCCUCAUCCUCCUCCACGUCAUCACCAUCAUCGGAGCUGUUUCUGGCUGUACCGCGGCCUCGAGGGGUUCGGGGAAGUGGUAUGGGGCUCACAUGGUGGCUACUGUGCUCACUGCUAUCUUCCAAGGCUCUGUUUCGGUUCUUAUAUUUAGUAGGACUGGGAAUUUUCUUGGGAAUCUUAAGUCUUAUGUUAGAGAAGAAGAUGGUGCUGUGAUUUUGAAAUUGGCUGGUGGAUUGAGUGUGUUGAUAUUUUGUUUGGAAUGGGUUGUGUUGACUUUGGCUUUUUUCUUGAAGUAUUAUGCUUAUGUUGAAGGUGGUCAAACUGGUCAACAGGGUCUUAGGGCUUACCCAAUUAAGAGGACUGCUAAGGUUCAGCAAGAUGAUGAUUUGAAGGAUUGGCCAUGGCCAUUCCAAGUCUAGACUUUCUUUAUUUCUUCUCUUUCGGUUUGAUAAUAUAAGAUGGCCAUAUGCAAUGACCAUGGAUGAUGGAUGAUGUUGUGCCUUUUAUUGUAUUUGGUUCUUUAAUUUGAUUAUAUUCAUUUGUUUAUGUCAUUUUUGCUUUUGUAUAUUUUGGGAUAUGAAAUAUCUAUCUUAAUAUUAUUACUAAAUUUGGUCCAA